AUGUCUCGCAAGCGCUCAUGGCUUGGACUGAAUGUCCAGAGCCUUCUAUUAUCAGCUGCUGUACUAUCAACUGCUGCCUCUGCCUCGGUUUAUCCAUCUCUUCAAGCUCCUAUCAUCCCGCCACAGGCACCUUUGGGAUCCGAGAGUACACCCGAGACGCAUGAGUUUUCUCUACGGCACAUCUUUCACCGCGGCUCUUAUGAACAGCCCGAUCUCCAUGUAAGACUCGAUGUCAACGCAGAUACUCGGCUUUGGGCUGUAUCUGAGGAUGGCGAUGAAAACGAAUAUGUUGCGUCAGAGUUAUCUCUACUUGCCUCUUCAAGUCCGCUCACGAUACAGCGGUUGGCCGAUCGACGACUUCCGGUGAUCGAGGGGCAUUUGGCCACUGCACGGUCUUCUGGCUCUGUGGCCGCCUUGUCUGCAGAUGAGUGGGUCAUGGACACCUUGCAAGGGCCAGAUAUUACAGACAAGAAGACAGUCUUGACAUUCGCUCAGAUGACCGCAAAUGACUAUAUCGAGGAACCUGGGACGGGACAGUGGCACUCUAUACACGGCCAUUUCAACUACUCGGGGAGCUUUGGUUGGCAGAAAGAUGGGCUCAGAGGGCACAUAUACUCCGACGAAACCAAUAGCACUGUCGUGAUCUCGCUGAAGGGUACUUCGCCGGCUCUUUUUGAUGGCGCGGGCACCACCACCAACGAUAAAGUCAACGACAAUCUAUUUUUCAGCUGCUGCUGCGGCCAAGGAGGCUCCUACUUAUGGAGGCAAGCCUGCGACUGUCAGACUGCUACAUUUACAGCGAACUUGACCUGCAUUGUUGAGUCUAUGAACGACGAAAAUCGUUAUUAUAAAGCUGCAAUUGAGCUCUACUCCAAUGUUACCGAGCUCUACCCGGAUUCAAAUAUUUGGAUGACAGGCCAUUCCUUGGGUGGCGCAAUGACUAGUCUAGUCGGGUUGACCUUUGGGUUGCCCGUGGUCACGUUUGAAGCUGUUCCAGAAGCUUUGCCGGCAGCUCGGCUUGGUCUCCCAAGCCCGCCUGGAUACGACCCAAGACUUCCGCAAACACGGCGGCAUACCGGUGCUUAUCACUUCGGACAUACAGCAGAUCCGAUAUACAUGGGUACCUGCAACGGAAUAAACUCGAUCUGUACAUGGGGUGGUUAUGCGAUGGAGUCAGUUUGCCACAGUGGACAGAUUUGCACAUAUGACACCGUCGCAGACAAAGGAUGGCGUGUUGGGCUGGGUACCCACAAGAUCGAAAAUGUGAUAUCCGAUGUUAUUUUGAAAUACGACACUGUACCGAAAUGUGUGGAAGACGAAGAAUGCUUUGAUUGUGAACUCUGGAAGUUUUUCCGAAGUAAUGGCUCUGAGAUCACGACUACUACCACUACCUCAACAACCACCUCCUAUACCAGAACAUCGACCUGCAAGACCCCUGGGUGGUGGGGGUGUCUGGAUGAAAGUACUACAACUACUGGCACCACCACGACGUCUCCGACAAGUACAGUAACAACCACAACUUGCAAAACUCCAGGUUGGUUUGGGUGCAACGAUCCUACGAUCUCGACUACAGCAACUCCGGCGCCCAUAGUCUCGACGACUUUACCCACGGUAACUGCAACGACUACUACUUGCAAAACUCCUGGAUGGUUCGGGUGCAAUGAUCCUACCACCAUCACCACCACCAUGCCGACCCCUACUGAAUUUGACUCGAUUCCUACAUAG